GCACCAAGGUUAGAUAUAUGUCAGGGAGACCCAAAGUAGCAUAGUUUCCAUAAAAGCCUCACAAAAAAAUCCGUCUCUUUCUUAGUUUCUUGCAGUACUCCCGCACACCAGGGAAGUCAGACUUUGGUAGAAGAGAAUGGCUCCAAAGAGAGAAGAGUCCGCUAAACGAGAAGUGAUGAAGAUGAAGUCGUUGGAAGCUGUUAUGAAGAACACGAAAAGGGAGGUCAAUAAGGGAGCUUGGACAGCUGAGGAAGAUCAAAAGCUAGCUGAGGUUAUUGCCAUUCAUGGUGCCAAAAAGUGGAAGUCAAUUGCAGCCAAAGCAGGGCUGAAUCGGUGCGGUAAGAGUUGCAGGCUAAGAUGGCUGAACUAUCUAAGACCAAACAUCAAGAGAGGCAACAUAUCAGACCAAGAAGAGGAUCUGAUUCUCAGGCUGCACAAACUACUGGGAAAUAGGUGGUCUUUGAUUGCCGGAAGAUUGCCGGGUCGAACAGACAAUGAGAUAAAGAACUACUGGAACUCUCAUUUGAGCAAGAGAAUAAGCCAGAUAGAGAAACAAAGAAGUACUGGAGAAACUGACGAUUCAACAAGACAAAUCCCCACAGUGGACCAAAAACCAAGUAGUCGAUUAGGUGAGCAGAAUAAAAUCUUUGGAGAAAUGAAACAAGACUCAUCAUCAGAAGAGGGUACCACUACCAGUGCUUCUAACAAAGGAGGUGAUGAUCAUGAAGACUACUCAAACUCAGACAUUGAUAUUGAUGACUUCUUUGAUUUCUCCAAUGAAGGGCCUUUCAACUUGGAAUGGGUCAACAAGUUCCUUUACUAG